AUGUUUUUAUUCUUAAUUUUAUUUAUUCUACUAAAUUCAAUAAACUCCUGUCCAUUAACUGAUAAUUAUUUGUCACGCUGUCAUUGUGAAAUCUUAACCAAUGGCGAAUCAUACAUUAAAUGCCACGAAAAAACUCUCAAUGAAGUACCAAUAUUUAAACGUUCAUUUCCAUAUGAUAGACUUAUACUAGCAAAUAACAAUAUUAAAAAUUUAACACGUUCAGCAUUUGAUACAAUAAAAACGAUUCGACGAAUUAAUUUAGAAAAUAAUUCAAUAUCAUUUAUUGAUAAUGAUUUAUUACGUUUAUUGGGAAAUUAUUUAGAAGAAUUAGUUAUCACUGGCGAUAAUAUUAUAAAUUCAUUAGAAUUUUUAACACGUUACCCAUUGAAAAAUUUACGUAUACUUAAACUUCAUAGAUUUAAUUUAAGUGAAGUCAAUCUUGAAAAUGUUUUUCUCAAUAUGACUAAACUUGAAAUUCUUUCUUUACCUUCAUGUCAAUUAAAGCAAAUUCCAAAUUUAAAAAAUAUUCAUCAAUUAGAUUUAGAAAAUAAUCAAAUAUCGAAUACAGUACAUUUAUCAAGAUCAUAUGUACAUUUGAAUUUAGCGAAAAAUUUCAUUUCAUCAAUUAUCUUAGAAAAUAAUACACAAUUAAUAUCUUUAAAUUUAACAGAAAAUAUUCUAAGUCAAUUUUCAAUGGAUUCAAUAGAAAAUGAAAAUUUACAAGAUAUAAAUUUAAGUCAAAAUUAUCUAUCAUCAUUUAAUUUCUCAAUAUUAAAUGAUCAAUUAUUAAACCUUAAUUUAAAUUCUAAUCAUUUAUUAUCGUUAAAUUUAAUUGUUAUACCAACAAAUUUAUUAUCAUUAUCAAUAAGUAAUAAUUUAAUUAAACAAAUUAAAUUUUCAAAUCGAUAUUCAUCAUUAGUCAAUCUGGAUUUAAGUUCCAAUCAAUUAAAAUCUAUUGAAAAACAUUUUCUAUUUGAAAAAUUAAAUUAUUUAAAUCUUGAAAAUAAUCCACUUGAUUGUAAUUGCCAAUUAGAAUGGUUAAAAACGUUAAUAUUACAUCAAACUAAAUUAAAUGCUACAACAUGGACGUGCCGAUCAAAUGUAUCUCCUAUAUCAUUUCUUUCAGCUGAUUUUCAAUGUGCAUCAGUUAGUAUUCCUCGUGUUCAAACAUUCAAUAUUUCCUAUGUAAAAAUAUCAAUUCAAUAUGGUCUUUAUAUACAAUGGUCAAUUGUUGAUGAUAAGAAUAUACUAGAUUAUUUACAAAUAAGUAUUUCAGAACCAUUUUAUCUUUCACCAAAAAUUUCACCAAAUCAAACGGAAAUAUUUCUAUCAAAUCAAAUUAAAUUAAAUCAACAAUAUCAUUUAUGUCUCAUUUUAUUACAUAAAUAUGCACGUGAUAAGUAUUGUCGAGUAUUUCAAACCGAUAAACUUAUUAUUCUGACGUCAAAUGAAAUAAUACUUGAAAGAAAUGAACAGAAUGCCAUACAAACAAAAGAUCACAUUGAUAUUAAUUUAUUUAUUAUGUUAAUCGGCUCAUGUAUUGGCGGUUUCAUUACAUUUAUUUUGAUAUUAACAUGCUUUUAUUUAUGCAUUCAAAUUCAUAAAUAUAAGCUAAAGAAAAAUAAGGAUAAAACUAUUUCAUAUUAUACAAAAAAUUCGAAUCUACAUUAUCCUAUCUAUCAUACACACUCAAUAACAUGUCCAUAUCAUCAUGAAAAUCUAUCAAAUUCAACAGAUACUAGUCAGAUUGAUACGUCAUUAUCAACAACAAAUUUAAAACAUAUUUAUCAAACAAUCGAUAAUCAUGAUUAUUCAAGUUUAACAGGAGAAAGUCAAGUAUUUGAUUUAUGGAAUCAAUCACUAAAACACAAAAGAUAG